AAUAUCAUUUUCCCUUCGCCAUUUCUGAAAGUUUAGAGAGAGAAAGCUAGGUUUAUAGAGAGAGAAAAUGUCGGGAAGAGGAAAGGGAGGUAAGGGACUGGGAAAGGGUGGAGCGAAGAGGCACAGGAAGGUGCUUCGCGAUAACAUUCAGGGGAUCACCAAGCCUGCAAUUCGUCGUUUGGCUCGAAGGGGAGGAGUGAAGCGUAUCAGUGGUCUUAUUUAUGAAGAAACCAGAGGCGUUCUUAAGAUUUUCCUUGAAAAUGUUAUCAGGGAUGCUGUUACCUACACUGAGCAUGCACGUAGGAAGACUGUGACCGCCAUGGAUGUGGUCUAUGCCCUAAAGCGCCAAGGCCGCACCCUCUAUGGCUUUGGUGGCUAGGGUUUGGUCUAUGGUUCCUAGAUUUUAGUGAUGUAAAUUCUCAUCUAUUAUAACACUGUAUCUCGCUCAUAUCUUCUUUCUCCUAUUUCUAGCUUUGUUUCUUGGUUUUUUGACCUUUUGUAGGGUUUCUGUGAUGGAGGUUAGGUACAUUUGGGGCUUUUGUAUUUUGGGUUGAAAAGUUUUGGAGUUUCGUGGUGGUUUAUUGAAGAAACGAAAUUUAAUUGAUUUUGGGGAUAUUGAAUGAAGUUGUUGGAUUGAAGGCCCUGUUAAUUCA